AUGUGUUGGGUGACCUACAAGCGCCUCCGCUCGACGCUGCAGCUGCUGGCCGCCCCCGGCGCCUCGGAGCAGCAGCGGCAGCUGCCCGGGCGCCGCCUCGCCGAGGUCGCGUACGGUGGAAAGGAGCCGCGGUUCGCGGCGGCCGAGCCGCCCUGGAAGGCGGUCAACGCGCGGCUGGACGCCAGCCAGCGCCGCGCGGUGUCGCUGGCGCUGCGGGCGCACGACGUGGCGUUGAUACACGGGCCGCCGGGCACCGGCAAGACCACCGCGGUGGUGGAGGUUAUCCUGCAGGAGGUCGCGCGCGGCAGCAGGGUGAUAGCGUCCGCCGCGUCCAACAUAGCGGUGGACAACCUAGUUGAGCGCCUGGUGGCCGCGGCCCCCAAGCUGAAGCUGCUGCGCCUCGGCCACCCCGCGCGGCUGCUGCCCCAGGUCCUAGACAGCAGCCUGGAGGCUCAGGUGCUCAAGAGCGACAACAGCUCCCUGGCAAAGGACUGCCGCAAGGAGAUCAAGGCGCUCAACACGCAGCUUGUGAAGCUUGAGGGGUGGAAGCGUGCUGAGAGGCGCCAGAUCAGGGGUGAGCUGAAGCAGCUUUACAAGGAGGAGCGCACCAGGCAGGACAAAGCCGUCAAGGAGGUGAUUGGCGGCGCUCAGGUCAUCUGCUGCACGUUGUCUGGGGCGCUGCAUCCGCAGCUCUACGGUCAGGUGUUUGACGUGGCCGUGAUUGACGAGGCGGCGCAGGCACUGGAGGCGGCCUGCUGGAGCGCGCUGCUGCUGGCAGGCCGCGCCGUGCUAGCGGGGGACCACCUGCAGCUGCCGCCCACUGUGCUGAGCGACGAGGCCGCGAAGGGGGGCUUGGGGGUGACGCUGUUCGAGCGGCUGCAGCACGCCCAUGGCGCGGGCGCCAGCGAGAUGCUGACCGUGCAGUGA